UGAAGUCAAUCUGCUCAUUGCUCGCGAUUUUACUGGUUCUGCCACUGGCAUUAGUCAAGGCGUCUCCAUUUCGUCCUUGAAGGCCCUGAAGGCACGAAGGAGCGAUGCACUGAUACUCGAAGAUGGACACUUGACACUCGAGGAAAUCAUUCGACUUGAUCUUCCAAAGGCGCAAUUUGCAUUCCUCUCUGCUUGUCAAACCACUACUGGAGAUGAAAAGUUGUCAGAAGAGGCCGUUCACAUCGCUGGUGGAAUGCUACUUGCCGGUUUUAUGCCCACCUGGUUCAAGAUGGACAAGAACCUGAUAGUAGAAGUGUGGCAGAAGCACUCCACAUUUCUGUGCAAAAGCUUCGUCAGAAGGGAGGUGUACCGCUUAUAUCUUGGAUUCCGUUUGUACAGCUCGGUGUCUAGUUCCAGUCCGAACCUGUGGGUCUUAUACACGAACUUUAGCCUAGCAAUAUACGGAACUGUGACUGUGUGUGCUGUUCAUGAAAUAGACACUUUCGUGGCUGCGUUAUUGGUCACCGUCCAUUAUUUGGUGGUGGCGAGUCUACUACCCGUCGCUCGAGCUCAGACUACACCUUCAUGGACUUCGACGCCGUUUAAUCCUGCUGCGUAUCCUUUGGCUGUACGGUCACCUUAUUUAUCGUGUUGGCUCCUUUCUGGGCCCGGACUCGCUCUCAACGAGGACUGGCCACACUUCUGGACAGGUUCG